AUGUCGGCCACCGCGUCCCAGUUCGGAGACUGGCCAGCGACAAAGGUCCGCCAGACCUUCCUCGACUACUUCACAGAGCAGAACGGCCACUCGUUCGUAAAGAGCUCGUCGACCAUCCCGUAUGAGGACCCGACAUUGCUCUUUGCCAAUGCGGGCAUGAACCAGUACAAGAGCAUCUUCCUCGGCACCGUCGACCCCUCGUCACCCUUCUCCAAGCUCAAGCGCGCAGCCAACUCGCAAAAGUGCAUCCGUGCAGGCGGAAAGCACAACGACCUGGACGAUGUCGGAAAGGAUACCUACCACCACACGUUCUUCGAGAUGCUCGGGAACUGGUCCUUUGGCGACUACUUCAAGAAAGAAGCGACGGCGAUGGCAUGGAACCUCCUUACGCAAGUCUACGGCCUCCCUCCCUCGCGUCUCUACGUAACCUACUUUGAAGGAGGCUUCGGUCUCCCCGCCGACCUCGAGACGAAGAACCUCUGGCUCGCCCUCGGCGUUCCGGAAGACCACAUCAUCCCUGGAAAUGCAAAGGACAACUUCUGGGAGAUGGGCGCAACGGGACCGUGUGGACCUUGUACGGAGAUUCAUUACGACCGGAUUGGGGGCAGGAACGCGGCGAGUUUGGUCAACAUGGAUGACCCGGACGUCCUCGAGGUCUGGAACGUCGUCUUCAUCCAGUACAACCGCGAAGCCGACUCGUCUCUGCGCGAACUCCCGGCCAAGCACGUCGACACGGGCAUGGGUUUCGAGCGCCUCGUCUCGGUCCUCCAAGACAAGCGCUCGAACUACGACACGGACGUCUUCCGUCCCCUCUUCGACAAGAUCCAGCAACUCACCAACGCGCGCGCGUACGAGGGCAAGCUCGGAAAGGACGAUGUCGAUGGGAUCGAUACCGCCUACCGCGUCGUCGCCGACCACGUCCGGACGCUCACGUUCGCGAUUUGCGACGGUGGCGUGCCGAGUAACGUCGGGAGGGGGUACGUCCUCCGCCGCGUAUUGCGCCGCGGAGCGCGCUACGUUCGGAAGAAGUUUGGCGUCCCGAUCGGGUCGUUCUUCUCGUCCCUCGUUCCGACACUCGUCGAGCAGAUGGGCGGCUUCUUCCCCGAGAUCCAGGGCAAGUUCGACGACUUGAAGGAGAUCCUGGACGAGGAAGAAGAGUCGUUCGCUCGCACGCUCGACCGCGGCGAGAAGCUGUUCGAGUCGUACGUCCAGCAGGCGCAGAAGGAGGGGUCGACCACCUUGCGCGGCGCGGACGUGUGGAGGUUGUACGACACGUACGGAUUCCCGGUCGACUUGACGCUCCUCAUGGCGGAGGAAGCGGGGUUGUCGAUUGAUCAGGCGGCGUUUGAGGCGGCGCAGGAGGCGUCGAAGGAGGCUUCGAAGGGUGCGGGGAAGAAGGGAGACGGUCAAGCUGUCCGGCUCGAUGUGCACGAUAUCGCCGCCCUCGAGGCGAACGCCGACGUGCCCAAGACGAACGACGAGGCCAAGUACGGAACGGGCAACGUCGACUCGGUCGUCAAGGCCAUUUACCGCCAGGGCAAGUUUGUCGCCUCGACGGAGGAGCUCGAGGAUGCUCAGCAGGUCCAGCUCGGUGUCGUCCUCGACCGGACGAACUUCUACGCCGAGUCGGGUGGACAAGAGUACGACACGGGCCGGAUCGUGAUUGACGGACAGGCCGACUUUGUCGUCGAGGACGUCCAGGUCUUCAACGGCUACGUCCUGCACAUCGGACGCGUCGUCGAGGGCUCACUCAAGGUCGGCGACAAGGUCGUCUCGUCGUACGACGAGCUCCGUCGCUGGCCCCUGCGCAACAACCACACCGGCACGCACAUCCUCAACUACUGCCUCCGCGAGGUGCUCGGCGACCACGUCGACCAGAAGGGCUCGCUCGUCGCGCCUUCCAAGCUUCGCUUCGACUUUUCCCACAAGAGCCCGAUCCCGACUGCCGAGCUCGACCGCAUCGAGGACAUGUCGAACGAGUGGAUCAAGCGCAACGUCAAGGUCUUCAGCAAAGAGAUGGACCUCUCGACCGCCCAGAAGAUCCCCGGCCUCCGCGCCGUCUUUGGCGAAGCCUACCCCGACCCCGUCCGCGUCGUCACGCUCGAGUUCUCACUCGAGGAGAUCCAGGCCGACAUCGAGAACCCCAAGUGGCGUUCGACGUCGGUCGAGUUCUGCGGCGGGACGCACGUGCAAAAGACGGGCGAGAUCAAGGAGUUUGUCAUCACCGAGGAGUCGGGUAUCGCCAAGGGCAUUCGUCGCAUUAUCGCCAUCACGGGCGAAGACGCGCGCAAGGCUUCGCAGCUCGCGAACGACUCGGAGGCCCGGUUCGAGCAGAUCAUCAAGCUCGACACGGUUGAGAAGGAGAAGCAGCUCAAGGCUUUCGAGCUCGAGGUUGCGACGUUGACGGUCUCGGUUGGACGGCGAGACCGCCUUAAGCAGCGUAUUGCGGCGGAGCGCAAGGCCAUUGUGGAUGCUGCGCGUGCGGCGGAGAAGGAGCAGGGCAAGGCUGUCGCCGACGAGGUCGACCGGUUCUUCAAGGAGAACCCGGACGCGAAGGUCAUGGUCGCUCGUCUCGACGCCGCCAAGGGCAACCCGAAGGUCAUCCAGUCGGCCAUCAGCCAGGCCAAGACGCUCUCCAAGGCCGGCUACUUUUUCUCGGCGACCGAGGACGGCACCAAGGUCGCACACCUGAACGUCCUACCCAAGGGCGAGAUCUCGAAGGAAUUCAACGCCAAGACCUGGUUCAACGCCGUCGCUGCGAUCGUUGGCGGAAAGGGCGGAGGAAAGGACGAUGGCGCGCAAGGGUUCGGCGACCAGGCGGACAAGAUUGAUGAGGCCAUUGUCGAGGCGAAGAAGUUGUACGAGUCGCGAUAG